CAGCGACGUCACUUGGUUGACGUUUGCGGAAACAAGUCGGUGCUUUAGCCUGUGAACUCAAAACCAAAACAGUGGGCAGUCUCCGUAUUAAAUCUCCAAGAAAUUGGAUACUGUUUCAAAUAUCGCUUUUAUUCUGUCCGGUCGACUUACCGGUUGUCCCUCUUUGUUUGUCAGACGCUAAACUCCGACUGAGAUGGAGGAUCCUGGUGGUACUGGAGGAGAGUCUGUGGCUCAGUCACCAGCAGGUGCAGCCAAGUCAAAGCUGGACACACUGUCCAAAGAUGAUCUUAUCAAGUUUGCCAAGAAACAGAUGGCUGCCAUGCAGAAGAUGAAGAGCAGAUGUGCAGACUUGGAAAAAGAAGUUGAAUCCCUCAAACAGCAAUCCAAAGACAAUAACAGCAGUUCAGAUGACGCCACACUGAUACAGGAGCUGACUGAGAGGAUGGAUGCCUUACUACUGGAGAAAGCAGAAACUCAACAAAGUCUUGCACUGUCUCGUAAAGAUCUAGAGAGGAAUAAGCAGCAAGCCAAGGACGAUCUGGCAGUGCUGCAAGCAGAGCUUGACCGUGUAAUAGAAGAUCAUCAAAGAAAGAUCAAGACUCUAGAGAGCAGCAUUGAGAUAUCCAACAAUAAACACCAAGAAGAAGUGGCUUGUUUCCAGAAAUUACUGAAAGAGCGAGAAGAAAGUGACAGGGAGAGGGAGAGUGAAAGAGAGAGGGAGCGACUGGCUGAACAUGCCAGUGCAAAAGCGAGCACUGAGGAAGUCGGCCGUUGCUUAGAAGCUCAACUGGAAACCCUUCGAGCUGAAUUGGAAGCAGUACAAGAGCAAAAAUCGCAGGAGAUUUCUGAGCUGCAGGAGAGCCACCAAAGGAAGCUGACAGAGGCCCAGCAGGAGGCGGAGAACCUGAAGGAGGAACUUGCUCAGAAGACUAUACAGCAUGAGGAAGAAAUGAGGGCUCUGGAGGAGGACUGUGAAAUUGAGCGGGAACGUCUCCUGUUGCUUCAUGAUGAGCUGACGGAGCAGCUUGCUCUCAAAGACAGCUACCUGCAGGAUGUGCAAGAAGAGGAUGAAGAACCUGCCCGUGGCUCAGGGAUCGCCAAAAUGCUGGAAUUGUCUGGCUGUAGUCAGGGUGACUCCAGCCACGGUGAUGGAGAGGAAACUGGAAGACUGACUACAACUUUGGAUGAACUUCAAGCCCAGAACACAAUGUUACAGGAUGAGCUUACCCUGCUAAGAAAUGUGAAGAGUGAGCUUGAGGCAGAACUGGAGAAGAUCAAGGAGGAGUUUCAAAUGGAGAGAGAAGAGCUGGAGUUCAAAAUCAAUGAGCUGCAGAUGAACCGGGAAAGUGCUCCCGGUGACCCAUCCAUAACCCUGGACCCUGACGAACCAGAAGUCCAAGCAGAGUUCCAGCAACAGAGAGAAACACACAGAGAUGCAGAGGGCACUCUCCCAUGUGAAUCCAAAGAGUCAGCAGUCAGUUCUGUGGACCAAAACUACUUAAACCCAAAGGAGCUGAUGGCCCAGUGUGAGGCAUUGAUCAGGGAGAAAGACGCUGCCAUGGCUGAGUGUCAACACAUGCGAAACAUACUGCAAGGUGUGGAGACAGAACUGGGUGAGAAAACAAAGGAUUUUGUUCUUCAGUACAAUGCCAUGAAGGAGCAGGGUGCCAAUACUGUACUAGAACUACAGAACAAGUUGGAACAACUUAGCAAGGAGAGGGAUGAACUGUUGGAGAGGGUGAGAGAGGUUGCUGAGGAGAAAAACGCUCUGAUGAUGGAUGUACAAGGCCUGAAGUUGAAGCUUGAAGUUUCCACAGGUGAGUACCAGAAACUCCAGUCCUCUGUAGAGGAGCAAACCACUUUUGCCAGUGAGCUGAAGCAAUCUGUGGAGGAACUGACCAGACAGAAUGAGGAGAUCCUCUCCCAGCUGCAGACAAAGGAAGAUGCAACUCAAGACCUGAAAGAGAUGUUCAACACACUGACUGAAGAGCGAGACAAACUACUUUCCCAGCUUCAGCAAAGAGAAGAGGAUAUGCAGAAGCUGAGCAGUAAAAAAGCAGAAGAAAUCGAAAGGCUGCUGGAAGAGAAUGAGAAAGAGGCACUUUUGUAUAGAGAGGCGAAAGAGAAGGAGUUGAAAAGCCUAAAAAAAUACAAGGAGGAUGAGGAACAACAUCUAAAAGAUGAGAAGGAAAAGAUAGAGAAGCGUCUGAGAGAGGAGGUGGACAGAAGGCAGGAGGCAGUUUCUGAUUUGGAGCUGACUAUCAAAGACCUUUCCAGAGAAAAAACUGACCUCCACCAGAAAUUGGAAGAGGCAUCCUCUGGGCUUGCCAGAGCCCAGGAAACAGUGGAGGUUUUGGGCUCCAAGCUGUCAGCCCUCGAGGCUCAGCUAGAGCAAGAGAUGUCUGAAAAGAACCACCUAGAGACAAAGUUGAAUUCACUGGCAGAGGAGGCAGAACAAGCCCGCGCUGAUAUGAGAAGUCUGGAGGAAAAUCAGUCCGAAGCACUCAAAAACUCCACAGCAGAAGCCGAGGACCUCCGAGCACAAGUAGGUGAGCUGGAAAAGGAAAGAAGCCUGCUUAGGAGUAGCCUUGAGGAGGCUCAAAGGGCAAUAACAUUAGAGGAGGUGCAAAAGGAGCUCCAGGCUCGUAUCACAGACCUGGAGCAAGAGAGGAACAUGUUGAGAAACAACCUGGAGGAGGUGGUGAAGGACACCGAAGGCCUGCAGAAAGACUUAGAGGAUAUGAAGUCAGUCAAUGAGAGGAUUAAUGAGGAGAACAAGAAACUGCAGACUCACAUUUCUCUGCUGACUCAAGAGAAAGAAGAAAAGGAGAAAGAGGAAAUGGAGGAAGACAUGGAAGAUGUCGAGAAAGAGAGGAGAGAGCUCCAAGUCCAGCUGACAGAGAAGGACUCCCUCAUUUCUCAGCUGAGGAGUGAGAUGGCUGCUCUGCAGGAGGCUGCUGCCCAGGCUGCUUCCUCUGAAGAAAAUGCAGCCAGUGACAUCACAAAGAAAAUAGCUCUGCUGGAGCAAGAACACAAAGACAAGGACGAGAAGAUGAACAAAAUCAAGGCAGUGGCCAUCAAAGCAAAGAAGGAGCUGGACAUCAGUAAGAAAGAGGUUGCAGCACUCAAGGAAGAAGUCGAAUCGCUGAAAGCAGAGAGGGAGAAAGUGAACAGCUCAAUGAAAGACAUCAUCCAUGGGGCUGAAGGCUACAAGAACCUGCAGAUAGAUUACGACAGGCAGACAGAGCAACUGGAUAAGGAGAGAGAGAAGGUGGAGGCGGCAGAGAGACAGAUUGCCGAGCUGACCAAACGACUCAGCAGUACUGUCACACAGAAUGAGAUGAUGAGCAGUGAGAAGGAGGACCUGCUGGCCGGUAUGGAGACAACAAGGACCACAGUGAGGCAGCUGGAAGCCCAAAACCAGGAGCUGCAAAGACAGUUAGCCAAUCUGGACAGAGACCUCAUGACCGAGAGAGCCAUGAAGGAGCAGAAGAUCAAGGACUUGUCAUCUGCGAUGAAGGAAGUAGAAGAGCUGACAGCCCAACUCCGCAAGCAACAGCAGCAGUCUCAGCAGACUGCCCAGGAGCUGGAGCAACUACGCAAGGAGGCGCAGCAGAGCUCUCUGCUGGACAUGGAGAUGGCAGACUACGAACGCCUGGUGAAAGAGCUCAACGCCAAACUGUUAGACAGGGAUGAGCGUGCUGAGGAGUUAAAGGCCCAGAUAAACACGCUGACCCAAAAGGAGAACACACUCAAACAGGAAAUCGAGACUUUGAAGUCCCAGUUGGACCAGGGGGAGGAGAAAGCCGCCAAGAUGAAACAGCUGCUGGUGAAAACCAAAAAGGACUUGGCCGAUGCCAAGAAGCAGGAAAGCUCCCUCAUGAUGCUGCAGGCCUCUUUGAAAGGAGAGCUGGAGGGUAACCAACAACAGCUAGAAAGUUCCAAGAUCGAGGUGUGCGAGCUGACGGCCGAGCGCCAUCGUCUGCAGGAGCAGCUGAGGUCUGCGCUGGAACAGCAACAGAGGACCAGCAACUCCCUGCAGCAACGCAUCAACAGCCUGCUGCAGGAGAGGGACGCUGCUAAGGCUGAGCUUAUGGCAACAGCUACUGAGUUUGAGAGUUACAAGGUGCGAGUCCACAAUGUGCUCAAACAGCAGAAGAGUAAAACCACUGUCCAGAGUGAUGGAGACACUGGUAAAUUAGAGAGGGAGCAGUUGUCCUCUCAGGUACAACAGCUGAGGUCCAAGCUGGCAGAGAGCCAUCAGAGCCUCCAGAGCAGCACAGCAGAGCUGCAGCAGCUCCAGACUGAACAUGACACUCUGCUGGAGAGACACAACAAAAUCCUCCAGGAAACCAUUGCCAAGGAGGCUGAGCUCCGUGAGAGGCUGCUCUCAGUGCAGUCCGAGAACGUGGCUCUGCGGUCAGAUCUGUCCCAGGCUCAGGCUGACCUUUCCUCCCAGGUCGAGACCCAGCGCCAGACCUACAGGGAGCAGCUGAGGAAGCUGCAAGACGACCACCGGGCCACUGUGGAGACCCUGCAGGGUCAGCUGACCCGCCUCGAGGAGCAGCUCUUCAACCUGCAGAGCCAGAGCAGUGCAGUGUCGGUCCAGUCUGCCCGUAAACCCCUGGCGUCAGACCCCCAGCGCAGAUCCACAGAUCAGAACCAGGCAGGGCUGGGACUAAUGGCCCUCACUGACCUCCAGUCUAUGGCCAGGGAGGAGGGCGAGGGCAUGGAGACCACUGAGACUGAGAGCCCCUCUCCUGCCCUUACACCACUUCCCUCUUUGGAGCAUCUUCUCUCAUCCCCAGACCCCAAAGAAGAGCCAUUUGUGUGGACGGUGGAGCCGACCAAAGCAGAGCUAAGUCAAAAGCUGAACACAGCCACCCGCAGUAUGGAGCACAUGAACAGCCUCCUGCAUGAGACUGAGGCCACCAAUGCUGUUCUCAUGGAGCAGAUCACUUUGUUGAAGAGUGAAGUGCGUCGCCUGGAGAGAAACCAGGAAAGAGAGAAGAGCGUGGCCAACCUGGAGUAUCUGAAGAACGUCCUGCUGCAGUUCAUCUUCCUGCGAUCUGGUAGCGAGAGGCAGGCGCUUCUGCCCGUCAUCCACACGAUGCUGCAGCUCAGCCCAGAGGAGAAAAGCAAACUGGCUGCUAUUGCACAAGGCGAGGAAGAGGGGUCUGCGUCUCGCAGCUCAGGCUGGACUUCCUAUCUCCACAGCUGGUCUGGGAUCAGAUAGACUUGAUCAUCAGCAAAGACAGUGGAGUGGAGAGUGGGUUGGUGGGUGGGGGUGAGAUGUGACUGGGCCUUUUUCUGUGAAAACCUCACGAAGCAGCGAUGCUGUACGAGCAGUGGCAGAAAGCGGUAGGUUAACUCGGGCAUUUACAGAAUUUUUCACAAGAUAAGAUAAAUUUCACAGGGGAACAAGGAAUGUAUCGGAAAAGAAUGGGGAAGUGUGUGGCAGAGGAAAAAACCAAAACAUUUGACAUGAAUAUUGAUUUGAAUUUGCAGUGCAAUAGUUACAUUAGUCUCUUACCAAUUUAUAUGAACUGUGAUUAAUUUCUGUCUUCCCUUGUCUUAUUAUUGUAUUUAUUA